CCGCCAGAAGCCAGACUUCAAACACAGAGACAGGACGCACUGAAAAGCACACAGGCACACAGGGAGAGAAACACACAGACACUGACGCAGAGAUAUAGAAAUAGAAGUACAUCACGCAACAGACCGAAACAGAUGCAGAUACAGGCUUAGACGGAGAAGAGUGAAAGACAUCCAUCCAGCCUCCAAAGUGCCAGGCCACGCUGACCCGCGGACCCACCUUUGGGUUCUUGUUCAUGGGCAUCCGAACAGCCUCUGUACCUGAGCCCAAAACCAGCACCACUACCUGCAGCAGGACCUCCCCAGCCCGGCUCUGAAUGUGACCCGCGCUGGAAUACUCUGACACCCCCACGGAAGAGAGAGAGAGAGAGCAGAGACGAACGAGAGAGAGAGAGAGAGAGAGAGAGAGAAACUGACAGAGGCUGGGAGCAUCUUAAUACCCUUUGGGAUAAAAGAUGUAUUGGAAAGUGGUGCUGUCAGUCAUGCUGGCUGGUGUUCUAUUCGCUGUGGGGGAAUCCAGGAAGACCCGCCCCCAGGGCUCCAUCCCUUCUCCUUUUAAGGGAAACGGCAACACCUCUGACCGCCGCACACGCAAACAGGAAGUGUUGGCCUCCAGCCAGGAAGCACUGGUCAUCACGGAGAGGAAAUACUUGAAGAGUGACUGGUGCAAGACGCAGCCCCUCCGGCAGACGGUGAGCGAGGAGAGCUGCGUGAGCCGGACCGUCAUCAACCGCUUCUGCUACGGACAGUGCAACUCCUUCUACAUCCCCCGGCACGUCAAGAAGGAGGCAGAGUCCUUCCAGUCCUGCGCCUUCUGCCGGCCACACAAGUUCACCACGCUCACCGUGGAGCUGGACUGCCCCGACCUCCAGCCGCCCUUCCGCCACCGCAAGAUCCAGCGGGUGAAGCAGUGCCGCUGCAUAUCCGUCAGCGUGGGCGACGUCGGCAAGCAGUGACCAGGUCUGAGGCCGAGGGCCACCUGGAGUGUGGACUGCAACGGUGGGAGUGUGGACUGCAGACGUGGGGAACCUGCUGUGUAUUAGGCAACCUUUAUAUACCCUCGACCAGCCUACACUGCCACGCUCGGGUUUCUGGGUCUCCGAACACUCUUCCUCCCCAAGAGAUCUUCUGAGGAGCCCGAGUCCUCUCACAAAGACACUUGUCCGUACACCCUGAGUGUAUGAGGGUGAAAACACCAAGUUUGAUGUUUAUGACUUUCUUUACAAUUACACAUACACAGUGCCAAAAAAACAAUAUCAGAACAGGACCGUUUUAAGGACAAGGAACAUCAGACCUCUCCCAACAAAAAGAGACAUUGAAGAGGCCAAGAUUCGCAUCAACUUCUGAGACAGACUCUAUGAAAGACAUUCCACAGCAGAUUGAAGGCCGUAUGAUUGACCCCUGAAUAUGAACUCCUGUAGUUCACCUGGUUCUGGGUAUCUGAGUAUUUCGUGUGAGCAUCACAGACUAACAGAGUAUGAUCUGCUAUCCACCCUCUCCAUGCCCCUCUGAACUGUGACUGGAGUGUGUGUGGGGGGGGUCUUGAGAGUUAGAUAUCCAGAUAGGAGAGACUGGGUCAGUACGCCACUCAGAGCUCCGUCUGAAGAAGGAGGAGUUGCUGACUGAGUGAAGUCUUGCCACACCAGAGUGGAUCUUUCAUAACUGUGUUGAAUACCUUAUUGCAGUUCCAAAUAGCACUAUAUUGCUCUGUAUAAAUAAAUAAACAUUAUUACUAGACAGCACAUUAUAGAGAUUAUAUCAAAUGGUACAAUAAAAUAAUUUAUAUAUCUAGAAAUAUGAAUAAAUUAUACACUAAAUCUAUUAACUGUGUUAAUUUUUUGCCUUUGAGUAACUGGUAGUACUCAAAGGUGAGUAAAGUUUGUCAGAUGUUUUGCCACUACACUGUUCAGAAACUGCAAUCUAUUAAAAUGAGAUCAAAAAACAUGAAACCAAAUACAAUGCUGAAUUUAUUCAUCCUUUUAUUUUACAUAAAUUACACUCCUCCCGAACCAAAACAAAAGAUCUGGUUUAUACAAACACUUAUUGCACAUGGAGGAUUCAAACCUCAAACAAAUCCAGGAUUGUUAAGUGAUUGACAUGCUGGGCACAGAACACAACAUUAACAAAAGAAUGUUACACAAUUGAAUACUACUUUACAUUGAUAAAAUCAUCGAAUAGCAUUUUUAAAUAUAUAUUUUUGCAACCAAGUCAAGUGUUGUAAUUUAAAUGCAAAAUUAAACAUUCCUCUGAAUACUUUCUUACAAUGUUAGUGUCCAAAGAAAUGUAAUAACCUUCCCCACCCAACUCUCACAAACAAACUUAAGAUUCAAAAUGAGCAUUUCAUCUUAAAUAAGUGAGUCAGUUAUACAUUUACAGAGGUUAGGCAUUUUCUUUCUCAUACUUUGGAUGACACAGAUGUACGUUGCCAAAGAUUUUGUACUUUAGAGCAGAUGUGCCCGUACAGUUACGGAAAGCUCCAGAAAGCAGUUGACUGCCGUAAUUUAGCUGAGCUCAGAGAUCGUAUGUCCACAUUCAGAGGUUUUGUUGACUCAAAACCAACUCAGACGAGCUGGAUCCUUAUUUACCUGGACACAGACUUUUUUAUUUUAAUUCAUUUUUUAAAACACCUUUGUUUUAAAAAUUGUAAUCAAGUAGGAUUUGAACAACAUUGAGAUUGAACUGAUGUAACUUAAAUUGUGUUUUGAAUGCAAGAUUAUUAAAAAAAUAAUACUGUUGAAGGACCUGA